CUCGUCUGCCUACAAGGGCAAUAAAAAAAAAUUAAAAAAUCUUUUUUACAAUAAUAACAUUAUACACCAGUCCAAAUUUCAAAUAACAACAACUGAAAUUAUGGGGCACAGUAUUAAGUGAAAACCACAUUAACAUAACGAAUGAUAUUUUUUUUACUUGUUUAUUUAAAGAAAACCUUAUUUGUUAUCGAAUUUGAAUAAAAAUGCUUCGCUUUGCACAACUGUUAAUUAAACAACAGUUAACACGAUGACUAGCACAAUAAUAAAAUGCGCUAGUAUAUAAAUUGGAUUUUGAAUUGUAUUAAACAGUUUUGCCAAGAUGUUGUUCGUAUGUGUUAGUGUGUUAGUAUUCAUAUGCUCCGCAACCGCGCACAAUACAACUGAAGGUCCGUGCAAUGCAAACGAAACGCUCGUAUCCUGCAAAGCUGGCUGUCCCACCGACUAUUGUCCAACAAGCGACAGCCGCGCUGUAGUUGCUUGCGAUCCCCCCUACCCAUGUAAUCCGGGCUGCGUUUGUAAACCAAAUUAUAAGCUCUUGAGUCAGGAUGACGAGCGAUGUGUGCUAACCACAGACUGUCCUCCUGUAAAUUGCACUAGACCCAAUGAAGUCUGGAGCCCGUCACCACCGCCCUGUUUACAAGAAACCUGCGAUGAUGUCGACGUUACUCCGGUACCUUGUAACGAGUUUAUACAAAGCAGCCCUAGAUGCAUCUGCAAAGAUAAUUACUUCAGGAACGAUAGCGGAAUCUGCGUUUCCGCUCAGGAAUGUCGCGACAUAAACGCGCGUGAUUAUAAUCGCAAGAAGCGUGAUAUACCGGAAUGUGGUUAUAACGAAGUACUGUCGGAUUCCAAAAUAGUGUGUCCCCCUCAGACUUGUGAGAGCAUAUACACUACGUAUUUAUGUGAGUCUAGGGGUGAUGAAGUUGGAUGUAACUGUUUAUCUGGAUAUUUGAGGAACAGCAGUGGUAUAUGCAUUCCCAGUGAGGAAUGUUUUCAAGCGGAGAAUUGCUCGCUUCCUUCUGAAUGUAUACCGACAUGCGCAAUUCCGAAUCCCAAUUGUUCCUACGUUCAGGAAGUUUCCUUCAAAAGAGAAGCCUGUUAUUGUAAGCCUGGUUUCAUAUUAUCCGAGGUCAAUGGGGAAUGCAUUAAGAUCGAAAAUUGUCCAAAAGAACAACAAUGCGGGGUAAACGGAACAUAUUCCGAUUGCGGCUUUCGAUGCCCAAACCAGUAUUGUCCUGAAGACGACAGUUUACUCCAAAUAGCGUGUAAGCCUGGGCGACCCUGCCCGCCUGGCUGCGUAUGUAAGGAUAACUACAAAAGAAAAAGUCGCGAAGAAGACGAUGUUUGCGUACUCGCCUCAGAUUGUCCACCCGUCAAUUGCACUAGGCCUAAUGAAGUUUGGAAUCCCUGUUCGCAAUGUUUGGCGGAACGAUGCGAAGAUGCUAACACUACUAAUUGUUAUGAUCCGCCCGGCUCAAACUGUGACCCUAGGUGCGUGUGUGUAGAUGGGUAUAAAAGAAACAAAGAUGACGUUUGCGUCCCGGAGAAAGCGUGUCCUGGUCGAUGUCCGAUACCGAUUAAAUGUAGACCGACAUGUGCUGUUCCUAAUCCAAAAAAAUGUUCUAAGUAUAAAUUACCUGCCAACAAUGAGGAUGGGUGUCAAUGUAAGAAAGGAUACAUUUUGUCGGAACUCGAUGGGAAAUGUGUUGCAAUCGACAAAUGUCCCAAAAUGGGAGGUUGCAACGGUGAUCCGCAUGCGGUAAUAAAAGAAUGUCCGUUGGCUUGUCCGUCUACUUGUGAGGCACCGGAGGCUAAGCCCUGUAAAAAGAAAUGUGCUCCUGUCGGAUGCGAAUGCGAAUCUGGUUAUAUACUUUCGAAAACAAAAGGCAAAUGUAUCAGCCCCGAAGAAUGCCCAGGUGGAAACCCUUGUGGUCCAAAUGGUACUUACGUCCAAUGCAAGUCCGGGUGCCCUACUGAUUAUUGCCCUGUAGAUGAUAACAUGGGGAUUUUGAUCUGCGAGUAUUUCCCGUUCAGCCCAUGCUACUCUGGAUGUAUCUGCAAACUUAGCUAUAAAAGACUUAGCACAGAAGAUCCGAAAUGUAUCGCAUCUUGGGAGUGCCCACCUGUGAACUGUACGAGACAAAAUGAAGUUUGGGAUCCUUCUCCUCCAGCUUGUUUAUCGGAGUAUUGUGAAGAUGUCGACCGCCCUCCAGCUGUUUGCAAUACACUAGUUUUUAACAAUGAACCUAAAUGUGUUUGUAAAGAGAAUUAUUUCAGGAACUCUUCAAGUAUUUGCAUAAGCGCCCAGGAAUGUCGAGAGAUUAACGCUUCAAAAACAUAGCUGGAUAAGAAGAAGAAAGAAUCUUUUUGUUUUGUUUAUUUUACUUUAUUUUUCAUUCAAUACAAACUAGAGCCAUACAUUUAAAAAGUAUUUGCGUACGUAUGAUAUUAUAGUAUACACAGACUUUAGGAGUUUUGUAAAAUGUGCACAAUAUGCUGUCGAAAAACAUGCAAAAUUUCUCGGACAAUAGAAGAGUGAGAGACUCAAUGUGUCUCAUGACUCUCAUGUUAAACUUUAAGAUAUCUCUGGUUAAAAUUAUUUUUACGGUUAAAACGCGAAUAGUUCCCAAUCGGCGUUUAGUCCGGAAGCUGUAAAGUAUUCGGUUAAAUCUUAGAAGUAGUUAUAAUUAUGUCUACGACUCACUAAAGUCGACGAAAAUACCAUUCAAAAUGUCU